AUGACACCAAAGGCAGCGACCCUGACCGAUGAUCAGGCGAACUUCCUACCGCUGGUGAACGUUCACUUCCACCUGGGUGCAGAGCACAAGACCGAGGCCUACAGUGACGACACGGACUCGAUUGCCUACGAUGCCGCCUCGUCAGGCCGACGACUUGCCGGAAACGUCCGGCCUGGCUUCAUGUGCAGCAAGAGCUCUCUGAACGCCAAUCAGCUGGCGCCCUACAACUUCACGUACUGCAAGGGCGACGUGCAGGUCGGCAAGUCCUACGAGAUCCACUACGUGCACUCCUCUGCGGGCAUGGACAACAACGCCACGGAUGACAUGAACGCAGACUUGCUGGCAGAUGGCCUGGGAGGUGGGCGGGGGAUGUCCUUUUCUGCUGUGACCAGCGGUGCUGCCAACGGCCGUGGCCUCCUCAACCCCAUGAUCGUGGUGCAAGGGCAGAUCUUCCAGAUCGUGAAUGGUGCCGCAACAGUCGAUGACAUGCUGCACGGCUGGACUGUGGUUGGCCACGACAACUCCGUCAUGUACCCCGGGAGCACUACCGGUCAGAGCCACGACAACGAGGUGUGCUCUCCUUACUCCAUCACCUGGCAUGUGGACAAGGAUUGCCAUCAGGUCUCGCCCGAGUCCUUUGACAAUCUGUGCAAGCAGAUGAGUGAGGCCUACGGGAUGUACGCUGACCUUUACCCGCACGGCUCGCGCAAGCUGGUGGACCUGUGCGAGGUCGAUGAACAGGAGACAAGUCACAGCACUCGAAACGGAGCUUGGAUGGCCCUGCUCUUGCCCUUGGCUUCGACACGGCCCAGCCUCGCCACCGGCUUGGCCCUGGCGUUGGCCGCUGGCUCUGUCGGCGUGGAUGCUGUGACUUGCGGCGAGUUGAAGACCUUCUACAAGAACGAGCAGUGCUGCGGGCAGCCCACUCAAGAGGUCUCUGCUCCAGUGCCCGGAACCGCUGCCUGCCCGUACUCCUUCGCCAAGCCUGCUUGCUCCACUGCCGAACCUCAGACGCCUCGUGACCUGACGGCCGGCGCCGUCGGCUCAAUGACACCAAAGGCAGCGACCCUGACCGAUGAUCAGGCGAACUUCCUACCGCUGGUGAACGUGCACUUCCACCUGGGUGCAGAGCACAAGACCGAGGCCUACAGUGACGACACGGACUCGAUUGCCUACGAUGCCGCCUCGUCAGGCCGACGACUUGCCGGAAACGUCCGGCCUGGCUUCAUGUGCAGCAAGAGCUCUCUGAACGCCAAUCAGCUGGCGGCCUACAACUUCACGUACUGCAACUUUGCUGCAGCGCUUCCUUUAGGCUUUGACCUGCUUUCCGGGAGCGCGCAGGUCGUUUUUAGCAAGGGCGACGUGCAGGUCGGCAAGUCCUACGAGAUCCACUACGUGCACUCCUCUGCGGGCAUGGACAACAACGCCACGGAUGACAUGAACGCAGACUUGCUGGCAGAUGGCCUGGGAGGUGCUGCCAACGGCCGUGGCCUCCUCAACCCCAUGAUCGUGGUGCAAGGGCAGAUCUUCCAGAUCGUGAAUGGUGCCGCAACAGUCGAUGACAUGCUGCACGGCUGGACUGUGGUUGGCCACGACAACUCCGUCAUGUACCCCGGGAGCACUACCGGUCAGAGCCACGACAACGAGGUGUGCUCUCCUUACUCCAUCACCUGGCACGUGGACAAGGAUUGCCAUCAGGUCUCGCCCGAGUCCUUUGACAAUCUGUGCAAGCAGAUGAGUGAGGCCUACGGGAUGUACGCUGACCUUUACCCGCACGGCUCGCGCAAGCUGGUCUCCUCCCAGUACGUGGUGAAAUCCGAAAAAAGUGUCAACCCCGAAGGGGUGGGUGAUUCAGCUGUGUAA